CUUUGAGAGCGCUAUCAGACCUACCUGUGGAAGCAACACACCAGGGUGCCAUACCCAACUCCCAUUCUCUGUUUCUGGGGAUACUUUAGACGCUGCACUGGAAAACAUGUUGUUUUGGCACAAUCAGCCAGAGCCCUACCACCAGCAUUCAACUGCAAGUUAUAUUCGAGAUGCUUUGGCGCCUUUCCUGAAACACGAGGAGGAACGGCACGCAACAGAAAAUGGCGCCAAAUGUUCUCCUUUCCAAUAUGUUCUCUGUGCAGCCACCUCGCCCGCUGUAAAACAGCAAGAAGAAACUCUGACUUAUCUAAACCAAGGUCAGUCCUACGAAAUCCGUAUGCUUAACAGAAAACUAGUGGAGUAUACAGAUUUAAGCAGCAAAUAUGUUAAGAGCAUUGUGCGUGUGGUGUUUCAUGACCGGCGCCUGCAGUACACAGAACAUCAGCAGCUGGAGGGUUGGAGAUGGAACAGGCCUGGGGACAGGAUCCUGGAUGUAGAUACCCCCCUCUCUGUGGGUGUCGUCGAGCCUCGUGCUCACCCACUGCAGCUCAACACUAUAGAGUUCCUCUGGGAUCCCGUCAAGAACGCAUCCGUCUUCAUCCAGGUCAACUGCAUUAGCACUGAGUUCACCCCUAGGAAGCAUGGUGGGGAGAAGGGAGUUCCCUUCCGUAUCCAGAUAGACACCUUCACUCAGAACGAACAUGGAGAGUACCUGGAACAUAUGCACUCCUCCAGCUGUCAGGUCAAGGUCUUCAAGCCAAAAGGAGCUGAUCGUAAACUGAAGACUGAUAGGGAAAAGAUUGAUAAAAAGUCCCAUCAAGACAGGGAGAAAUAUCAAUCCUCUCAUGAAACCACCAUGCUUACCGAGUGUUCCCCCUGGCCUGAUGCCCCAAAUCUCGGUAGCACUAACAACACUCCUUCCCCAGUUUACCACAGCUCCCCCACCUCAUGUAGCUUUACUGAUGGCAACAGCUCUCCAAUCCAGCAGGGGGAGCUGAUUCUGUCCGGCUGCUCUUCUGAUCACCUUGUGCCAUCGUCCUCACCGCAGGACACGCAGCUGUGGCUUCAGCUUCACAGGUUCUCGCCUUUCUGUAGGCUCUUCUCCAGCUUCUCAGACCAGUUUGUAAGUGACUGUGGAUCUUCUGUGAAUGUUGUAGGCGCUGACCUGUUGAAGAUGAGCAGAGAGGACCUGAUCCAAAUCUGUGGUCCGUCAGAUGGCAUCCGGCUGUUCAACACCAUCAAAGGAAGGUGUAUACAGCCCCGCCUCACCAUCUAUGUGUGUCAACAACAACCCAGGAAUCAACCACAGACAAAGCCCGGGGGGGGAGAGGUGUACCAUGCUCUAUACCUGGAGGACCUGACACUGGGGGACCUCUCAGAGAAGAUAGCUCUCCUUUACAGUGUAACUCCCCAGCAGAUCAGCCACAUCUACAGACAAGGACCCACAGGGAUACACAUACUGGUCUCUGAUGAGAUGGUGCAGAACUUCACAGAGGAAACAAGCUUUGUUGUCAACACUCUGAAAGAUGAAAAUAAUGACGGCUACCAUGUUGUGUUGAAGUGACUGGAGGACAGGUCUGGAGUGGAGUGGAUGGUUUAGAUCCCUGUUCAAGUGUCUGGAACCUAUAGGGCUUGUUGAGGACUAUUGAAACGUUGUAACAUUAAAUAGUGCAAUUGUAUAUAUUGUUCAUAGCUUAUCCUAUAUAUCAUGUUCCUGUCCAGGCAUUGCAAUAACUCUGAAAAUGUCCUUGAGACAGCUUUUUAGUUUACUUUUUUAAAUUUAUUUGUAUUUUUUUAUUAAGUUAUUGGUUAAUUUUAUUGAGAUGUGUAAUUCGUUUAUAAAGCAUGGUUCAUUACUCCUGCAAAAUGGACAUGUUUAAAAAAAAUAAGUAAAUAUCAUAAAAAUCUAUUUAAAAUCACUCUUUAAGUCGUUGAAAUGUAUCAUAAAGUGUUGUUCAAAGAAAUCCAAAAUAUACUACAUUAUUGGCAUUCCUUUGUUACGAUUUAUAGUUGAUUUGUUUGAUGUUACAUAUUAGAAGGCAAACAUUAUUUUCUGCGGUAUCAGUACAUAUUGUUUUAUAAAGAGUGAGGACCAACUGUUUUCUAGGGGUCACAUUCAAGUAUUCAUUCUGAAACUUACUUUGAUUUCAUCUUCAAAUGAUAUCUUUCCUAUCCACAUGGUUUAUGUUUAUUCAAUAGUGGCUUGUUUAGCAACACUACAGUGUUUCAAAAGUGAUGUAAAGUAUUAACUCUGUUUGCUUCGGGCCACAAUUGUUUUACCUAUUUUAAACAUUUGAAUUAAAAGAAUCUAGACAAAUAUUUCAACCCCCAAUACAGACGUACAGAUAAGGCAAAUGAACAAAUCAUACAGCUGUAAUAGCUAAGGAUUCUAUCCUGCUUCUGUUAUUUAUCUCCCAUUUAAUGUAACAUUUUAUGUACAGCAUAUCAGUUGUUCCACAUACCUGUCCUGAAAUUUAAAUAGCUUGAUAUUGUCCAAUAUGUUAAGUGAAGUAUUACUGCCAAUGCUUGAAUUUUAAUGAAAAAACUUGACUGCCAUGACUGUGAUGAUGUGAUUUCACUCAACAUAAAGAAUUUUGCACUGCUCUGUA